AUGGCGAGUAUCGUGCCCCGCGGUCUAGACUACAUCUUGUAUUUUGACAACUGGUUUUGCGGCGUGGACUUACAAGUAGUCCUCAAGAAGGUUGGAAUCAGUUCCGUAGGAACAGUACGCGAGGCUCGCCUAAAAGGAUGCAAACUUCCAUCCGACAAAGAUCUGAAGAAGAAAGGGCGUGGCUCUUACAUGGAAAUGGCGACCACAUUUGAAGGGGUGAGCCUGAGGGCUGUCAAGUGGUUUGACAACCGCCCCGUGACUUUACUGUCCACGUUUGCUUCAGCGUCACCCGAGCAGGCCGUGAAGCGCUUCGACAAGAAGACCCGAACGACUGUGAGCAUACCCCGCCCUGCUAUUGUCGGCAUCUACAAUGAAUGUAUGGGAGGUGUUGAUCUUUUGGACAUGCUUGUGGCACUCUACCGCAUCCACAACACGGUUCUCCUGACGCUGGCAGCCAUCAUGAUGUCGAUCGCGAUCGAGACGACGAACCUGCACAAGCGCAUCGCGCUCUGGGUGCUGCUUCAGUGCGGCCAGUCUCUGCGCAACAUCAUGGCCGGCUACACGGUCGCCACGUUCCUCAUCACGCUGCUGCUCAAGAACAGCGCCACGGCGGACAUCAUGGUGCCCGUUGUGGACGCCACCGUGCACGAGAUACACUACAUCUACAUGAAGGACAUGUACACGCAGUGCUUCGGGGCGGACGCCAAGAAGAGGCCGUCGGUCUCCUACAUUGCCAACGCUCUCAAGUUGGACGACAUUAGUAUGCGACAAAUAACGACGAGGUUCAUCAAGAUCCGCAAGGUAUUGCUCAUCAUGGUGGCCUACACAGCCAGCCUCGGCUCAGUGGGUACUCUAAGCGGUACCAUCACAAACUACGUCACCAAGAUGAUCGUCACCUCUGCGAUGGACUUCAAGAAGGAGGAUGUCCACGACGCCUUUCUGGUGAAGUACAGAAGCCUAGGCAAGAUCACCGCCGCCGAGAAGGUUGUCGUGGUCGUACUGGCCGUAGUGUUCUUCCUGUGGUCGACCAGGAGGGCUGUCUUCUUCAAGGGCUGGGCCAACUGGUUCCACAUGAGUGCUGUGGACGACACGUCCGUUGCGUUCAUGGCCGUGGCGGUGCUGUUCGCGGUGCCCAUGUCAAGCGACAACCUGCAGAAGCGCAUCCUCUCUUGGAGCGUAGUUAAACACAAGAUGGCGUGGGGUAUGCUGCUCACCUUCGGUGGAGGGCUCGCCCUUGGAGUGGCCAGCGAGAUCACGCAGCUCUCCGCAGAGUUCGUGGUUGUGAUCGAGAGUCUGAACAUCCAGACGCCGCUGCAAAUGCAGGUUCUCAUCUCGCUCGGUGCGGCGACGCUCACGGAGUUCACGCCCAACGACGCAGCCGCCACAAUGCUGCUGCCCGUCGUGAUCUCCUUGGCCUGCAAGCUCAGGCUGAACCCUUUGUACCUGGUGUUCCCGGUGUGCCUGUCAGUGACGCAGGCAUGCAUCUUUCCGGCAUCCUCCUCGGUCAUCGCCAUUAUCUGCGAUGAGGGACACGUCACUACUAAGGACUUGCUGAUACCAGGCAUCAUCGUGAAGUUCUUCUGCCAGAUCGUCAACCUGGCCUUCAUCAACACGCUGGGCAAUUACGUCUUCAACUUGCAGACUUUUCCAUCAUGGGCGUCAGCCUGCUUCAGCAGUGCGCCCUCUUUCGGCCCCAUCCCUCAUUAA